AUGUUCCUCGUCAUGGCCAUUUUCGAGAAAUUGCUGCGGCCGACCUCGCCGACGGUCCCGCCAGCCGGAGGACGGCGGAGGCACGGCGACAUUGAGGCCCAGGACCAUGCUGGUCGAUUCAAUUCCAAGCUUGGGUAUCCGUCUCCUAUGUUAUCUGUCGAUGCAAGAGAAGUUUCAGUGGUGAUGCCUGGCCAUAAAAUCCCCACGUUUAUAGCAAAACAAGCUCCCGUGCCUUGCCCUCCCGAGCGCAUGCCUUGGCCCUCUCAUCAGCAAGCAGAACAAAACUGGACUCAUUUACAUGAUUUACGUGCUUCCACCUAA